CUUUGGUCCCUCCUUUUCUCUCUUAUAGCUUAGUCUCGUUCUCUCUCACGAGAGCCUCGCCGGAAUUUUUUUGUGUUCUUCGUUUCGCGGCUGGAACCGCCGUCGCGUGGAGGUUACCACGUUUUUGUCCUCCGUUUUCAAACCCUCUGGGGUUUCGGCGUGCUUGUGUUCGCGUCUCUGCUUUUAUUUGAGAUUUUUUCGGGUUGGAUUCGAGAUAAGUUGUUGCUAGACUCUUUAGAUGGCAGACUCUCGAAACGGUAAUGCACGAGUUCCUACUGGAGGGCCUCCCAGAGCUGGGAAUACCUACUCCAUAGAUGUCACAAAUUUUAUCUCACGUACAAAAGCCUUGUAUGCACACUGGACUAAGCACAGUGCAGACUUAUGGGGAUCUGCGGACGCUAUUGCUGUUGCUACCCCUCCUGCUUCUGAUGAUCUGCGUUACCUGAAAUCGUCAGCACUGAAUAUUUGGCUUCUUGGGUAUGAGUUUCCGGAUACAAUAAUGGUUUUUACCUCGAAGCAGAUCCAUUUCUUGUGUAGCAAGAGCAAGGCAUCUCUGCUUGAAGUUGUGAAAAAACCUGCACAUGCUGAGUUGAAGCUUGAUGUUGUUAUGCAUGUAAAGGUUAAUAAGGCCGAUGAUGGAACAGGGCAGAUGGAUGCCAUAUUUCGUGCCAUCCGUGAUAUAUCUCUGGGUGAUGGAAAAGAUUCUCAAGUUGUUGGGCACAUUGCUCGUGAAGUCCCUGAAGGCAAGUUUCUGGAGACAUGGACUGAGAGGCUAAAGAAUGCGGACUUCCAGUUUGUUGAUAUCACUGGGGGAUUGUCUGAUCUCUUUGCUGUCAAAGACGAUACUGAGAUCAUUAAUGUGAAGAAAGCUGCGUAUCUAGCCUUCAGCGUGAUGAAAAAUGUUGUUGUUCCAAAACUUGAGAAUGUCAUUGAUGAGGAGAAAGACGUCACCCACUCUUUGUUGAUGGAUCUCACCGAGAAGGCGAUACUUGAGCCAACGAAAGCCAAUGUGAAGCUGAGGGCAGAAAAUGUUGACAUAUGCUACCCUCCGAUAUUUCAAAGUGGAGGAAAGUUUGAUCUCAAGCCUAGCGCUGCGAGCAAUGAUGAACUGCUCACCUAUGAUCCAGCGAGCAUCAUUAUUUGUGCUGUUGGUGCUCGGUACAAUAGUUAUUGCUCAAAUGUCGCCAGGACUUACCUAAUAGAUGCAAAUUCUCUCCAGAGCAAGGCUUAUGAGGUUCUUCUCAAGGCACACGAGGCUGCUAUUAAUGCUUUGAGGCCAGGAAGAAAGUUAAACACUGUCUAUCAAGCUGCCCUUUCCGUGGUUGAAAAGGAAGCCCCUGAGUUGGUGGACAAGCUAACUAAAUCUGCUGGGACUGGUAUCGGUCUUGAAUUCCGAGAGUCGGGAUUGAAUAUCAAUGCAAAGAAUGACAAAAUAUUGAGACCAAAGAUGGCAUUUAAUGUGUCUCUUGGUUUCCAGAACUUGGAAUGUGAGUCGGAGAGCCGGAGCAAGAACAAGAAAUUCUCACUUUUGCUGGCCGACACUGUUAUCGUUAAAGAUCAGAAUCCGGAGCUUCUGACUAAGUGCUCCAAAUCUGUUAAGGAUGUGGCUUACUCGUUCAAAGAGGAUGAAGAAGAAGAGAAGCCUAGGAAGAAGGCAAGGACCAGCGGCCCUGAGAACUACAUGACGAAGACAGCUCUUAGAUCAGAUGAUCAUGCGGUAUCUAAAGAAGAGCUGCGGAAGCAGCAUCAGGCAGAGCUUGCACGCCAGAAAAAUGAAGAAACUGCCAGAAGGCUGGCCGGUGACACGUCCGGUGCUGGAGACAGCCGGUCUGCUUCAAAGACUUCAGCUGAUUUGGUUGCUUACAAGAACGUGAAUGAUGUGCCUCAGCCUCGGGAUUUGAUGAUCCAGAUUGAUCAGAAGAACGAGGCUUUAUUGCUACCCAUCUAUGGUAGCAUGGUUCCAUUCCAUGUUUCAACGAUAAGAACAGUAUCGAGCCAGCAAGAUAGCAACCGGAAUAACUACAUCCGUAUCAUUUUCAAUGUCCCGGGUACACCCUUUAGCCCUCAUGACUCGAACACUUUGAAAAACCAGGGUGCUAUAUACCUCAAAGAGGUUUCAUUCCGGUCCAAGGACUCAAGGCAUAGCAGUGAAGUGGUUCAGGCGAUUAAGACCCUGAGACGGCAAGUCAAUGCGCGAGAGUCAGAAAGGAUUGAAAGGGCGACAUUGGUGACCCAAGAGAAACUUCAGCUUGCAGGAAACAAGUUCAAACCCCUCAGGUUGUCUGACCUGUGGAUCCGUCCGCAGUUUAGUGGUCGCAAGAAGAUUCCUGGGACUCUCGAAGCUCAUGCCAAUGGUUUCAGAUAUUCGACAACCAGGCCCGGUGAGCGGGUAGAUGUCCUGUUUGCAAACAUAAAGCAUGCUUUUUUCCAGCCGGCUGAGAAGGAGAUGAUCACCAUCCUGCAUUUCCACUUGCACAACCACAUCAUGGUAGCAAACAAGAAGACAAAGGACGUCCAGUUUUUCGUGGAGGUGAUGGAUGUUGUGCAGUCUUUAGGCGGUGGAAGGAGAUCAGCCUAUGACCCAGACGAGAUUGACGAGGAACAGAGGGAGCGCGAUAGGAAAAACAAGAUCAACAUGGAUUUCAAUCAUUUUGCAAACCGGGUCAACGAUAUGUGGCAACUACCGCAAUUUGCAAGUUUGGACCUUGAGUUUGAUCAACCUCUGAGAGAGCUUGGUUUUCAUGGUGUCCCGCACAAGGCAUCCACCUUCAUCAUCCCGACCUCCAGCUGCCUGGUUGAGCUUACUGAAACCCCAUUUUUCGUGGUCAGCCUAAGUGAGAUUGAGAUUGUGAAUCUCGAGAGAGUUGGGUUUGGGCAGAAGAACUUUGACAUGGCCAUCAUCUUCAAGGACUUCAAAAAAGAUGUUCUCAGGGUUGACUCGAUUCCCACAAGCUCUCUAGAAGGGAUAAAGGAGUGGCUUGACACUACCGAUAUAAAGUACUACGAGAGCAAACUGAACCUGAACUGGAGACAGAUCCUGAAGACGAUCACAGAUGAUCCACAGAGCUUUGUGGACGAUGGAGGAUGGGAGUUUUUGAACUUGGACGGAAGCGACUCUGAAUCUGGUGGCUCCGAGGAGUCAGACAAAGGAUAUGAGCCAUCAGAUGUGGAGGUUGAGUCAGAGUCAGAGGAUGAGGCUUCAGAGAGCGAGUCACUGGUUGAGUCAGAGGACGAAGAAGAUGAGGACUCGGAGCAAGAGUCAGAGGAAGAGAAAGGGUUGACUUGGGACGAGCUGGAGAGAGAAGCUACCAAUGCAGACAGAGAGCAUGGAGAUGAGUCUGAUAGUGAGGAAGAGAGGAAGAGAAGGAAGAUGAAAGCGUUUGGGAAAUCGCGUCCUGGAACUAGCGGUGGAGGCGGUAGAAGCAGCAUGAAGAAUAUUCCACCAUCGAAACGCAAGCACAGGUGAAAACACACAAAAAAAAAAACUCAAAUUCUGCUCAUCUUAUCAUUCCCCAUUGUUCUUAUUAGGUGAAACGAUUUCAGACAUUUUCCCAAGUUUUAAUUUAGCUUUUUAUUUUUGGUUUGUUGGCAAACAAAAACUAGUGGUUUUGUUAUGGUUUGAAUGGAUCAGUCUUGUAUCAUAUCAAAGCACUGCCUUAGAU